UCCGUCAGCUGUUGCGGAGGGGGCGUCAGCGGGGCACCGUAUUUCUGGAACAUUCCGCCGCGAGAGAAGAUAGUGCGCCUCGCUUCACAAAGAAUACUCCAGAACCUGUCCUAUUCCACCAAAUAUCCGAUACUGGGAAAUUUCGUGGUGUUUCAGUGAGUUAGGUAGUAUUUUUAUGUCGGAUAUUUGGCGAAAUAUUCGCCAAGGUCGUAUUUUGAAGGGGUGCGGAGGAAUUUAGAGACAUUCUUGGUGUGAGGCUGUCCAUAAGAAGCUGGGAUUUGCCCUGGCAGGUCACUUGCAGAAUUUUGCAAGUCAAAGAGAAUCUCCAAGCCCCUCAGUGCCUCCAUUUCCAAGGAACAACGCGAGCUUUUCCCCUCUAUCCAAGCCUGUCUGACAACAACUUGUCAUUCCCUCAGGACCUGUGCUAAGGCGGGGAGAUUCUCAACCAUGGCCGGCGACACCAGGAGUUGCUGCUCGGGCGAGUGUGCGACUGUGUCCGACGGAGCGGCCACGCAGCUGCGGCUACUCGACUACGAGCAGGUCCGCAAGCUGGACCAGGUCCUGAACGAUGUCGUCCCGAUCCACGGCCGCGGAAACUUCCCCACCCUGGAGAUUUGCCUGAAAUCGCUGGUCCAGGUCGUGAGGAAGCGGCUGGAGGAGGAAGGGAUCCCUCUCCGGGACGUGCGACUGAACGGGUCCACGGCAAGCUACAUUCUCUCGGACGAGUCCGCCUUCUGCUACAACGACUUGGACCUGAUCUUCGGCGUGUCGCUGGAAUCCGCGAGCGACUUGCAGAGAAUCAAGGACAUGGUGUUGGACUGCUUGCUGGAUUUCCUGCCGUGUGAUGUGCGUAAGGAGCGCAUCUCCCCUCUGACUCUCAAAGACGCGUACGUGCAGAAGUUGGUGAAGAUCGCCAACGACAACGACCGGUGGUCGCUCAUCUCCCUCACCAACAACUCCGGCCGCAACGUCGAGCUGAAGUUCGUGGACAGGAUGCGACGGCAGUUCGAGUUCAGCGUGGACUCCUUCCAGAUCGUGCUGGACUCUCUCCUGUCCUUCUACGAACACUCCGAGGUGGAGAUGACCCAGCACUUCUACCCCUCCGUCAUCGCGGAGAGCGUGUACGGGGACUUCUCCCUGGCGCUCUUCCACCUCCACAAUCGCCUCAUCGCGACCAGGAACCCGGAGGAGAUCCGAGGCGGCGGGCUGCUGAAGUACUGCAACCUGCUCGUGCGCGAGUACAACCCGGCCUGUCACGCCGAGAUCAAGUCCCUGGAGAGGUACAUGUGCUCCAGGUUCUUCAUUGACUUCUCAGACAUUGUGCAACAGCAGCAGAAGCUGGAGAAGUAUCUCAACAACCACUUCGUCGGGGACGAAGAGGCGAAGUACAGAUACCUGGUGACCCUGCGCAGAGUGAUCCAGGAGAGCACGGUGUGUCUGAUGUCGCACGAGCGGAGACAGACGCUAAGACUGAUAGACUGCAUGGCCUACAACAUCUACUGUGGCCUGCAGCACCGAAACCAGGCCAUGAACUCCAGCGGACCCCCCUCCCCCAAUGGGGUACUGUACCCAGGACAGGGGUACUUCUACGAUGGGAACACCAGCAGUUUCUUCAUCACUAACGCCUACCCCACCUGGAUAUCCUGCCAGUAGGGAGGUGGGGGCUCCCACAGGACAGGCGAGCAGGGUGUGGAAAAACUUCAAAACUUGACAAAAAAAGACAAUGAUUCCAAGUGCAACAAAGAAAAACAAGAAGAGAGAGACUCAGUUGAACUGUGAAAAAGUUUGUGUGAUUGUGGUGAAAAGGUGCUUGUGAAAAGUGAAGAGAUCUCGAGCCUUGUUAACGUUCAAAGACAAUGCGGGCCAGGGCAGUAUACAGGAGUCUGAUUGACCCACUGCUAGCGGAUGUGAACAGGUCUAUAAAUAGUCGUCGAACCACUGCGGGUAACCUUCGAACUGGUUUAUUGACCAAGGCUGGUUCCUACGCAGGUCGCAAUUCUGUGGAGGCAGGCAGUUACCCCAUUGGUUCCGAAGGUGAGAGAGAGGCGAGAGGCAAACAACAAUGGUACUUUGAACCCUACUGUUUGAUUACGUAGUACUUAUACCUAACCAGAGUGUAAAAAGUAAACGUUGUUGUGUACACCAGCAGGGGGCAGCUAUAUUAUCAGUGCAGGCCAAAUUAAGGACCAAAGAUUACAUAUUUUUGUGAAUGUCCUGUAUUUUUGUGGUAAAAAGGAGAGGUAUAAGAGAGACUGUAUUAUAGGAGUUUAAAGUGAACGAAUGUGUGUCAGGGACCCAGUUAUCCAGUGAGGCCACAAAAGUAUUGUUUUCAGAAAUUCCUUGAGAGUAUUUGAGAUCCGUAACCAUAGUUACGGAGGAGUGUGGCGUGGGGUAAUCUUGCAACUAGUGAAGAUCUUUGUAAUUCCCAGGCUGAAAUUCACAUGGGGAAAAGGAAAUGGAGAAAUUGGUUCAAAAGGGCAGUUGGGAAUGAGUUGUCAAGGUUGCCCACUGACAUAUUCCUGUUGCUUGGUUACCUGGGAUGGGUUUUGGUCCAGAAAAGGGGACAAUGUAGAGCAUUACUAGUUCUUACACAGACAAGAAAAGAAAACAAGACUUAAGAAGCACACUUAAGGUUUAAGAAGAGCUGUAAUGUUUGUCUUGUAAUCUUGUUCUUAUUCCAUUGGGAAAAUUAACAAAACAUUCUAUUAAGCAACUUAGCAAGAUAGAAAAUAUAACACCAGCCAUGGAGAAAUACUUCUUCAGUUCAGAUGCCUGAUCUAAAAAUAUAUCAAGGCUCGUAGCCUGGUACCCUAUUUUUGUGCACAGAAUUCAAAUAUGGAAGUUGCAGAAAUUUUUGCUGUGGUCACUUUGACCUUGAUUGUACAAAUUCAUGUAUAACCCAGGGCUGUAUACUGUACAGAAGCUGUUUAUAUAUUGCUUGUGAAUCAGUCCAGUGUUGCAACAAGUAUCACAAAAUAGACUAGAUAGAGUAGACUUGUAGUGUUGGAAGAGUCAGGUCUAUUUGUAAAACUUUACCAGAUGACAUUAUUGAUACUAAACUUCUAGAAGUGUUUUUCCCUGCAUCACAAUUUGUUGUGCAUAGGGGUGAAUUGUAACAUACAUUGAAGACUUCAUAUGUGCAUGUGGUAGUUGCAAUGUUUAACUUGUCCAACAAAAAGUUGAUCAUCUGUGUUAAUGAUACGAUUUUUCUGAACACAUUUUAGUUUUCGUUUAUUUUUCUUUCUGCAACAGUAACCCCUAUCAUGGCACGUAGUGCAAGAUGAGAGACAAGAUACGGAAAUUAUGUACAAAGAAUACCAAAGACUGACACAGAGCUUUAUAAGGAAAAAAACUUGUAUUUUAUGACGGCGAAAUAAUAAAUUAUUUUCCAGGUA